UUUUGAACUGAUGAAGUCCUCACCGAGCUGUGUGCUUGGUCCCUCGACACCUCCCUCGCAGCGCAGAUGCCCGUGUGCAGCAAGAGCCGGGGCGGUGGAGGCCAUCCACACUCCCCAGCCAGCCGAUCACGUGUCAGGCGCUUGGAAGCAGACCCAGGUCCUUCCCCCAGCGCGGUCGCUCCUUCCACCACGCUCCAGAGAGCCAUCGCGUGCAAGGAGGGCUCCCAGCGCUUCGCCUCAGGCCCCGCUGGCACACGCGCCCCUACCUGCAGGCGCACGGGCGCGGGGAGGCUCUGCUGGCUCUCAGCGUGAAGACGGCCCACAGUGCGGGUAAGGAGCGCGGUUCACUCAGCGAGGAUUUCCUCGGUCUCGCUGAAAGGCUGAGGAAUGUCUAACGCUAACUACAUCCAGAUGUGCCUACUUGGCAGCCCGCUGCCGAGACAUUACCGAGGGGACGCAGGAUCAGCACUAUCAAAUAGGAUAUGAAGAACUGAUCAGAUGAAACAGAAGAUCUCAAGGCAAAGUAUGGACAUUAGUUACAGGCAGCUCAAACUCAGCUUUUAACAGUCCCAGAAACACUGUGGAGACAAUGAGAGUUCGGCUCAAAGGUGACGCGAUCUGUACCCUUGUCCUGCUGGUAGCACUUUGCUCUUUACUCUACUCCCAACUGGAACAUUUAGUCCCAAUUGGAAACAAGGAACCAACACAGAAGAAGCCUUCAGUAGCAUUAAAAAUAUCCUCUGACUCCACAGCACCUUGGAGACUGAUGCCAGCAGAGGCAACGGUACCCAGAUCCCAAGUAACUCCUAUUGUUAGACGAACAGAAGUGGCUAAAAACAGGGUCCAAACCACAACUCCAUCCCUGCUGACUGAUUCUGCCUUUAACUUCAAGCGCUAUCUCCUGGACAAGGAUAACAGGAACUUCAAACUCCUCAUUAACCAGCCCAAGAAAUGCAGGAAAACACCUGGAGGUCCCUUUCUGCUCAUUGCUAUCAAAUCGGUAGUUGAAGACUUUGACAGACGUGAGAUUGUCCGGAAAACUUGGGGCAGGGAGGGUUUGGUGAACGGGGAGCAGAUCCAGCGAGUGUUCCUCCUGGGAACACCAAAGAAUAGGACAGUGCUGGCAACAUGGGAGACCCUGAUCCGUCAGGAGAGUCAGACAUACCGGGACAUUUUACUCUGGGACUUCAUGGACACUUUCUUCAACCUGACCCUGAAGGAGAUCCACUUCCUGAACUGGGCCGCUGAAUUCUGCCACAAUGUGAAAUUUAUUUUUAAAGGUGAUGCCGAUGUUUUUGUUAAUGUUGAGAACAUUGUUGACUUCCUUAAGAGGCAUGACCCCUCUGAGGACCUGUUCGUUGGGGACAUAAUCUACAAUGCCCACCCUAUCCGUGUUCGAAAAAGCAAAUACUAUAUCCCAGAGACCAUGUAUGGGCUGAGCAUGUAUCCAGCCUAUGCAGGAGGAGGAGGGUUUUUGCUGUCCAGCCACACCAUGAGGAAGCUCACCAGGGCUUGCAGAGAUGUGGAACUCUUCCCUAUCGAUGAUGUCUUUUUGGGCAUGUGCUUACAGAGAAUCAACCUCAAACCUGUUUUGCAUGAAGGAUUCAAGACCUUUGGCAUCAUCAAGCCUUCUGCUGCCCCACACCUACAGACGUUUGACCCCUGUUUUUACAAAGAUCUCAUGGUGGUUCACAGUCUGAAAGUUGCUGAGAUCUGGCUAAUGUGGAACCUGCUCCACAGCCCACGUCUUUCCUGUACUCAGAAGAAGCAAGUGAAGAAACCUUUCCAGUGGAAAAAGAAAGUUCAAACAACACAGGCAACACCCCUAAGAUAAUGCAG